CAUUGCAAAGCUUCUUCAUCGAUCGCCAUCGUCUUCUCCAGUCCUCAUGCAGGCUAUGGCGUCCUUACUCCCAAUUCUGUUGCUCACCGCCUUCCUAUCGUCUAAACCUGCACUCUGCUACAUCAAUCCAGGUGCAACGCCGCCACAGAAAAUUGGCACGAAAUCUUCAGGUGGCCGUGCAACCUACAUCGUGUUCGUCGAGCCGCCGCCGCCGCUUGGCCACGGCGAUGGCGAGGACGACCACUGCCGGUGGCAUGAAUCUUUCCUGCCACUGAGUGAGCUCGCCGGCUCCGACGACGAGCCACGCCUCGUCCACUCGUACACCGAGGCGGUCAGCGGCUUCGCCGCGAGGCUCACCGGCGGCGAGCUCGACGCGGUGUCCAAGAAGCCGGGGUUCGUGCGCGCGAUCCCGGACAGGACGCUGCAGCUGAUGACCACGCACACGCCGGAGUUCCUCGGGCUGAGGAAGGACGCCGGAUUGUGGAGGGACUCCGGGUACGGGAAGGGCGUCAUCGUCGGCGUCCUCGACACCGGCAUCGACUCCUCGCACCCUUCCUUCGACGACCGCGGCGUGCCGCCGCCGCCGGCGAGGUGGAAGGGCUCCUGCAGGGACACCGCCGCCCGGUGCAACAACAAGCUCAUCGGCGUCAAGUCGUUCAUUCCCGGCGACAAUGACACCAGCGACGGGGUGGGGCACGGGACACACACCGCGUCGACGGCCGCCGGGAACUUCGUCGACGGCGCCGCGGUGAACGGGCUCGGCGUGGGCACGGUCGCCGGAAUCGCGCCUGGCGCGCACAUCGCCAUGUACAGGGUGUGCACCGUGGAAGGGUGCACCGAGUCGGCCUUGCUGGGUGGAAUCGACGAGGCCAUCAAGGAUGGCGUCGACGUGCUCUCCAUCUCCCUCGGUAGCAGCUUUGCUGCGGACUAUGACAAGGACCCCCUCGCCAUCGGCGCGUUCAGCGCGGUGUCCAAGGGUAUCGUCGUGGUGUGCGCCGCCGGCAACAAUGGCCCGGCGUUCGCGACGCUUAGCAACGAAGCGCCGUGGAUGGUCACGGUCGCCGCCAGCUCAGUCGACCGGCGGUUCUCGGCCCCCACGCGGCUCGGCGACGGCAGGGUCAUCGACGGCGAGGCGCUUGAUCAGGCGAGCAACUCGAGCGGCAAGGCGUACCCUCUGUCCUACUCCAAGGAGCAGGCUGGUCUCUGCGAGAUCGCGGACACGGGCGACAUCAAGGGCAAGAUCGUGCUGUGCAAGCUGGAGGGGAGCCCUCCGACGGUCGUCGACAACAUAAAGCGCGGCGGCGCCGCCGGCGUGGUGCUGAUCAACACCGACCUCUUGGGCUACACCACCAUCCUCCGGGAUUACGGCUCCGACGUGGUGCAGGUGACCGUUGCCGACGGAGCCAGGAUGAUAGAGUACGCGGGGUCGAGAAAUCCGGUGGCGACCAUCACGUUCAAGAACAGGACAGUGCUAGGUGUUCGUCCAGCUCCCACCCUCGCGGCGUUCUCGUCGCGGGGACCGAGCUUCCUCAACGUCGGCAUCCUCAAGCCGGACAUCAUGGCACCAGGUCUCAACAUCCUCGCCGCGUGGCCCUCGUCGGUUGCUCGCACCGAUGCCGCCGCCGCGCCGCCGUCUUUCAACGUCAUAUCCGGCACGUCCAUGGCGACGCCGCAUGUGAGUGGCGUGGCGGCGCUUGUCAAGAGCGUCCACCCCGACUGGUCGCCGGCCGCCAUCAAGUCCGCCAUCUUGACGACAUCCGACGAGGUCGACAACACCGGCGGCCCGAUCUUGGACGAGCAGCACAACAAGACCAUGUUGUUCGGGCCCUUCAACACCGGCGCCGGCCACGUGAACCCGACGAGAGCCGCCGACCCGGGCCUCGUCUACGACAUCGGAGUCGCCGAAUACGCCGGCUUCCUCUGCACGCUCGUCGGCGAGUAUGUCCUGCCGAUCAUCGUGCGCAACUCCAGCCUGCAGAGCUGCAGGGAUCUCCCCCGGGUGGGGCAGUCGCACCUCAACUACCCGUCGAUCACGGUGGAGCUGGAGAAGACGCCGUUCACGGUGAACCGGACGGUGACCAACGUCGGGCCGGCGGAGUCGACGUACACGGCGAACGUGACGCUGGCCGCGGAGACGUCGCUGAAGCUGAGCGUGUCGCCGGAGACGCUGGUGUUCUCCAAGGCCGGGGAGAAGAAGACGUUCGCCGUGACGGUGAGCGGGAGGUUCACGAAGGCGGCGCAGGCGGUGGCGGUGCUGGAAGGGAGCCUGAGAUGGGUGUCGCCGGAGCACGUCGUCCGGAGUCCGGUGGUGCUCUACAUCCCCGUCGCUUCCGCACCGCCGUCGCCGCCGAUGCCGGCGGUUGGGACUCGGCGCGGAGACAACUGGGCCUGAAGUUCUUCAUGGGCUAUGUACAUGGGUCGUACGCUUUGCUGUGUGAAUACUAAUAACUGGGCCGAUUUUUUACUAUAAUCCUAAUGGGCUUUUGGGUUACUCUCGCACGCAGUUUCAGCCCAUCAGACUGUACUGGAAAGGAUUGAGAUACUCUACCUGCCACUUUGCCUUGUUAAUAACGGGUUGGUUUGGUUUGAGUCCUAUAUUGGCCUUACCAAUA